AUGCUUCCUUUUCUACGAAGGAUCAUAUGGUGGCGCGAAGAACGCAAGCUCAUCGAAAACCCAGCGAAACAGGAUGAUCAAAAAGUCCGAGCACUCCUCGUCACCCCACACCACGAAGAACGCGAACUCAUCGAGAGAGUGGGGAAACAGAAUAAUCAACAAGCGCAAGAGCUUCUCGCCGCCUUUCACAAGCUGCAGUGCACCAUGGACCCGCUUAUAGCCGCUCAGGUCUAUAAUAGUCGUUUCUGUCCUCUUACUGGCCGGUUGCCGGAUGAACUUAUCCUCUGUAUUCUCACCUUUUUACGCGACGAUGUCGUUGCGCUGUCAUGUCUUCGAAUAGCCUCGAGAAAAUUCCUUUACAUCCUUGGGAAUGAACUGUUUGAGGAAUACAUGGAUCACCGUUUAUAUCAUCCCAUCGUACUCCCGAAGGUGCCAAAGGACCAAUUUCGGCGGUUAUUACAGAGGGAUGAUCGGUGCGAUAACUGCAAGCGAUGGAAUAAUACAUGUAACCCUCAAUACUCUGAUUGCUGCAAAUUCCGACCGCGAAGUGCCUGGGGCGAAGAUGCUGCCGAGUAUACCCAGCUUCACCGCAAGCUCCACUGCUACGCCUGUAACACUCUUCACUUCGCUUAUGAAUUUGCCUUUGACAAACAGGAAUCCUCAAACCACCAGCCAAAACGACAAUGCCUAGGACAGCAGGGAUCGGUUCAGUUGUGUAAGCAUAUCCAAAUCACUUGGGCCACUAUCAAGGCCCAUAUUGAUGACUGGCGGCGGCAGCAGCAGUAUCGAGGAGGAGACUGGCAAGCCUGUCUUGAUAGCUUCAACAUUGAGUGCCACGAUGCCAGCCACGACACACGUUGUGCAGCCUCAGAGCCACCAACCUGGCCUCGGGCUCGUCUCAACACUAUGCACAUCGGCCUCACCCACCCAGACACUGUGGUCCUCAAUCUAGAAUGGACACCUCAUAGCCGUAUCGAUACAAUGGCUCUCACUGCCGAGGGUCGAAUACCUGCACCAGAACUGAGGUUGCUAUUUUACAGGCUUCGAGGUUUAGGCCCUGCUAACGCUUUGUACCCUUUGUUCCGUUUUGGCGAUCCGCCUGAAAUGGCAUUCUUCGGUCCACUUUCCCAUCUUCGGCACUUUGUUCACUACCAGACUGGAGAAGAUGAUCAAACAAGUCCUCCCACAGCCCUGAUCCCACCUAUUUACACACAUGUGGGACUGCAACCACACAUUUCUCUUGUAACUGGCCGCCAUGGAAAGAUGCUGAGCAUGAAACUACAUCCCCUGAGAAGUACUGAUGCCGUCUCCAUCUCCUCGUAUUGUGUUGUACUUCGUUACGAGACAGACAUCAUAAUCUGCAGGGCAAGGGAUCUGACAGAUCCUACUGUCAAGAUUGUUCCCACCGACUGUUGGCUACAUGCCAUGGAUACGCAAACUUACCCGCACCCACAGGCAAGCCAUAUCAGGCCCCAAUGUAGGGACAUUACUUGUGUCAACUACUUUAAGAGGCACAAAGGCCGUCAUUACUGCCAGGGCUGGGAUUGUUUUUAG